AUUAAAAGUCGAUAUUAAAUUUGUAGUGAAUUAAAAUAUUCCUACCGUAAACACCAUAUACAUUGUUUUUCAAAAUCUGGCAACCUCAAGCUCAUCAGCUGUUUAAGUAUGAGCGCAUUUUUUCGUUUAUAAAUGUGUACACCGGUCUUUUCCCGCGCAGACAGACAAUAUUGACUGAUCAUACAUUUUAUUAAUAUAUAUAAAUUAUAUAUAGAAUAUUUAAGUUUUUGAUCUCGGUGUGUGCGGUCGAUAAAAAGUAAAAUAAAUUAGCACGAAGAAAUUUUAAAGACGUAAGACAUAGCUAGUAAUUCUAACCUAACAUUCAGUGAGACUACAAUUUCUGAUCUCCAGCAAACAAAAAAAAUAUUAUAAUCAUGCCGACAAAACGGAAAGUUCCUACAAAUGAUGUAGUGAUUACGGCUACAGUAAAAAAAGUACGACCAAAUUUUGAAUUGUCUAUGCCUAAUCGUCCAAGCAUUGGUGGAUACGCCCUAGUAUGUGGUGCUGGCGAAAUGGGUCAAUUGGGACUUGGCGUAGAUGUCUGUGAACGGAAACGACCUGCUAUGUUGGAAAAAGUACCAAAUGUUGUCGAUAUUUGUGCUGGUGGCAUGCACAAUUUAAUAUUAACUGCUGACGGUGCUGUAUAUUCAUUCGGUUGUAAUGAUGAAGGCGCUCUUGGUCGUCCGACUGCAGACGAAGAUGAUGCUUUUGAGCCUGAUCUAGUUAAACUACCCACUAAAGCACUUAUGAUUUCGGCAGGUGAUUCCCAUUCUGCGUGUUUAUUGGACGAUGGACGAGUUUUUGCUUGGGGAAGCUUUCGUGAUUCUCACGGAAGUAUGGGCUUAACAGUUGAUGGAAUUCAAAAAUUACCCGUCGAUGUAAUGGGAUUAACAAAUUGUACUGAAAUAGCUUCGGGGUCUGAUCAUUUAGUUGUUUUAACUAGUAGAGGUAAAGUUUACACUUUUGGAUGCGCUGAACAAGGACAACUUGGACGCGUACCAAAUCGUUCAGUUUCUGGUGAAGGACGCCAAGGCAAAAAAAUUCUAUUAACACCUGGAGAAAUUAUUAUGAAGCGUGGAAAACCUGUGGAAAAAAUCUGGGCUUCCAGCUAUUGCACAUACUUACGCGAAUCUAAUACUAACAGUAUUUGGGUAUUUGGAUUAAAUAAUUAUGUUCAACUUAUUUAUAAUAACGUGGAAGAAAGAGUGUUAUACCCAGUCAGAACAAAUUUAGAAAAUGCCAAAGAUAUAGCUGGCGGCCAACAUCAUACAUUAGUACUUAAAAACGAUGGUAAAUGUUAUGCUGUUGGAAGAGGUGAUUAUGGACGUCUUGGAAUUGGUAAAAAUGUUUCAGAUCAACGAGAACUUCAAGCUAUUGAUAAGCUUCAAAAUGAAAAAAUACAAAGUAUUUCAUGUGGCGAAUGUUUUUCAUUUGCAGUGACUGAUGAGGGUAAAUUGUAUUCAUGGGGAAUGGGUACGAAUUUAUCAUUAGGCACUGGCAACGAGGAUGAUGUUUGGGAACCAGAACUAAUAAUUAGUAAAAAUACUGAAAAUAAAAGAAUUCUUAAAGCUUCUGGUGGUGGACAGCAUAGCAUUUUCUUGGUAACUGAUAAUAAUAAUAGCAUCAAGGGAAAAACAACAGCCACAGCAACAACAGCAACUACAGAGAAGGAAAAAAUUACAAAUAAAAUAGUAAAUGGAAAAAAUGAUGAUAAAAAAGAAGUAAAUAAUGUUGCAACGGAAAUAGAUGCUACUGCAAAGCGAGGACGUAAAAAGAAAUAGAUUGUAAUUGAUGUUAAUGUAGUGAUAAGGUGUUAAUGAAUGACCAGAGGAGAGAAUCCAAAUUUCACAAUAAAAAAAUUAUUGUUUGCAUAUUUGUGACUGUCUCUUUUUAAAAUUGUUACUUAAAAUCUAAUAAAUAAAUUUGUAGUAUAAAAUUCGCUAAUUUCUACCGCGUAGAUGGACUUCUCAUACAAUAUACAAUAUUAACACAUUUGGAAAGUUAACAGGGAUAAAUGGAUGACACGGAUUUAUAGCAUGCGGUACAACUUUAACUCGACUGGCCUAUGGACUUACUACAAUAUUUUAGUCACAACUUUCAAUAUUUCAGUGAGAUUUAAUAGAAUUUAAUAUAUAAAAUUAUAUUUAAUUUUUUUGAAAAA